AUGGUGGUCAACUGCGAAUUCCUGACACCCCAACACCAAAUCCCAAAUCCCAAUAACCCCAACCAAUCUCAGUCUCACGUGCAGACACGAAGCAUAGUAAGCAAAGCUGCUCUGGAAAAGAAGACGAGACACUUUGCAGAUCACCAGGAGAACCCAAAAGGUGAAUUCACAUUCUUGGUGAUUCUGAUACGAAACAAAGAAGAUGUAACGGUCAGCACACCGAUAGAAAAAUCGAAUUUGAUAUUUGAAGUCCCAGACACGGAAAACACUUCAGACGUUGAAAUACAAUCAGUCGGUAUUUUGAUGGCUUGA